ACUCGUACGGAUUGUCGCGAAGAAUUGUCGCUUUGGUCCGUUUGACGACGACGCGAAAACGUGUGCUCUCACCGUAGGUACCUAUUGUACGAAAAAAAAAUAAAAACAAAAUAAUAAUAAAAUAGAAGAAGAUAAUAAUAAAACGAUGAAAGUCGUGACUUUUAGUUGAACACAACCGAGAGUGAUGAAUACAUACCUUUCAUAAAAUGACACGUCCGUUCUGAGUCUGACUGAGAUCUAUUUUUAUUAUAUAUUUUGAGGAAAAAAAAGUGAAAAUGAAAAAGAAAUGAAUAAAAAGUAAACAAGAAGAAAAAAAAGAGGAAAAUUUUGAGAAUUUAUUCAGAAAAAUUCCCGUUUGAGGAAAAAAAUAUAAAAAAAAAUUAUAAUAAAAAAAGUGAAAAUAUUUGAACAUAAAAGGAUCAGAAGAAACGAGAAAAAAAAUCCACGCAAAAAUGUCAACAACUUCAUUAGGACAAGAAGAGCGAAAACUCAAACUUGGAGAAUAUAUUUUUCAACGACGCGUAUUGCUAGGAUGUACGGCAGCUGUCGGCAUCGGUCUCAUCGUGUGGAUUGUGGCGAUAUCGACAGAUCAUUGGUUUAUGGUAACAGGUGGCAAUGGAAUUUUCAUCCCACAAACGCGUCGAUUUUUCCUGUCGUCGCACUCGGGCAUCUGGAAAGUUUGUCGUUACGCCAUGACGCCGGUGGCCCUCAACGCGUCUGCCGUCGCCCGCAAUUUUACGCAUGUCUCUGCCACAAAUGCCGCCCGCAUCGAGGCACUCAAACAGAACGUCAGCCAAUCGGCGUACAUUCAGGAGUUUAUACAAAUGGACACGGAGGAAUUGCAAAACUCAACGGAGAUUAAUGAGACACUUCGCAAAGUACUUUUUGCCACUUGGGUGACAAAUGACGAUGAUUUUGUCAAGUACCGCGAAACGUUCGAGGAACAAAGUGCCGAUUUGCCGGAGAUAACGCGCGACGACGAAAUCUUCGUUAAUCCCACCGACCUGAAAGCCGUCGACGACAUUCCCGGCAGCACAUUAGUCACCAUUGUUCUCAAUAGCACAAAUGUGCACAUCUUGUUGCCGGAUAAACUAAAUAACGCAUUGUUCGAGGGAUGGAUGGAAAAACCGAAUCUCAUUUAUUUGCUCGGCCCGUAUGCCAAAGCUCUUGGCAUUAGUGCGCGAAUUGUGAAUUCUCAAGGUCAAGAAAUCCUCAUUCAGCCACCGAGACCGCCGAAAAAGAGCAAAUGUGUCGCCAACGGUUACGAAUAUCGGCCAUUUAAGCGUUGCAAAUGGUGCCAGAUGUUCCCGACAGACCAAGAAAUCGACGCUGACCCAUCUAUCGAUGAUGUAAUUAUAGAUUACAACCGAUCUGAGGCAUCUUUCGCCAUCAUCACCGUCAUGGUCAUGAUAAUGGGCUUCUUCUUCUCCAUUUACACGUUCCGCAACCCGAGAUACAUGUUCAAGCGACUCGCCGGAGGAAUUCACUUCAUUUCAGCGGCAACGGGUUUCGUAGUGGUUACAGUCAUGGCAGCUGCCGUAGAGUACGAGGAAGAAUAUUUAUCAUUCAAUUUUCCCGAAGGAUCAAAUAACAGUUUUGGAUACGGAUAUUACCUUGCUUACUUGGUUGUCAUCACAAACUUUACGUCGUUCAUUCUCUUUAUGUGGUACUCGAAGAAGAAAAAGGGCGACAAAGCUGCCACCGAGGAACUUGGCAUGGCUGACGAGGCAGUUAACAUUGGAAGAUAAGAAAGCGGAGCAUAUCAGACGGAACUAAAACCUGAUAUUGUGAUAAAGUUUUCUUAGAUACCGAAAAGAAUUUUUAUGAACUCUUUCUCUCUGUUUCACACAUUUUUAGAUAGAUAAAUUUAUUCUUCUCUUUAAAUAUUUUAUAUUUGUUCACCCCAAGAUAGAAAAAAAAACUAAAAAUAUCGAAAGAAGUGUUUUAACACACAACCCUCCAACAAUUUUUAUUUGAUAUCCAUUUGCAUUUAUAUUACCUUUGAAUCUUUUCUUCCAUCGAUAUAGGAAAAAGAAAUAAAUAUCCUCACUAUCGCUUUAAAGUAAAUUAAGUUUAAAUAUGAAAAUGAUUGAUUGUCCUCGAGAAAAUAGAAAAAACGCUCAAAAUUCGUUCAAGACAUUUAUCGCUCAAAAAUUAUAAUUUUUCUUACAUCUACAGAAAUAUUAAAAUUACAAU